ACAGGGGCACACUCAGCUCUUCUCUGGGUAGCAGCUCUUGUGCAGCACAGCCCGAUCUGUCGCAGCCCGCCGCCACGGUGUCACCGCACGGCGAGCUCUUGUGCAGCACAGCCCGGUGUGUCGCAGCCCGCCGCCACGGUGUCACCACACGGCCAUGGCCGCCCGCCCCUCAGCGCUCGGGCGGGAACUACAGCUCCCAUAGCCGCGCGGGGCGGGCGCCGCCAUCUUGUGCCGGGCGGUGCGGCGGCCAUGGCCGCGGGGCGGGCGGCGCUGGCGCUGUGGGCCAUGGCGGCCGCCCUGUGCCGGCUGGAGCCCGCCCUGGCGGCAGAUGCCAAGUGGAAAACCAUAACUGGCCAAAUUAAGAAAGCUGUGGAAGCCUAUGAGCCGUGUGUAAAAGAAAAUUGCAGCUGCCACCAAAGUGUCUGGAAGCAGGACCUGUCUCCUUUUCGAGGUGGCAUUUCUAAGGACACRAUGUCAGAUGUUGUGAGCCGAAAGCUCGGGACACACUACCAAAUAAUUAAAAACAAAUUGUACCGUGAGCAGGACUGCAUGUUCCCUGCAAGAUGCAGUGGAAUUGAGCACUUCAUUCUGGGGAUCAUCCACCGCCUUCCUGACAUGGAAAUGGUGAUCAAUGUGCGAGACUACCCCCAGGUUCCCAAGUGGAUAAAACCCAUCAUCCCCGUCUUCUCCUUCAGUAAGACAUCUGAAUACAAUGAUAUCAUGUAUCCUGCCUGGACAUUUUGGGAAGGAGGACCAGCUGUUUGGCCAAUUUAUCCAACAGGUUUAGGGCGCUGGGACCUCAUGAGAGAGGACCUCAGAAGAUCUGCAGAAAAAUGGCCAUGGAAGAAAAAAAUCUCUAAAGGAUAUUUCCGAGGAUCCAGAACAAGCCCUGAGAGAGAUCCCCUCAUCCUGCUGUCCCGAGAAAACCCAGAACUUGUUGACGCUGAGUACACUAAAAACCAGGCUUGGAAGUCUGAAAAGGACACCUUAGGAAAGCCUCCUGCAAAGGAAAUYCCACUGGUUGAUCACUGCAAAUACAAGUACCUGUUUAAUUUCCGGGGAGUGGCAGCCAGUUUCCGCUUGAAACACCUUUUCUUGUGCGGCUCACUCGUCUUUCAUGUUGGAGAAGAGUGGCUGGAGUUCUUCUACCCCCAGCUGAAGCCUUGGGUCCACUACAUCCCMGUCCGGUCAGACCUCUCUGAUGUCAGGGAGCUCUUGCAGUUUGUAAAGGAAAAUGAUGCCAUAGCACAAGAAAUUUCAGAGAGGGGACGUCAGUUCAUCAAUGAGCACUUGGAUAUGGAGGAUGUCUCAUGCUACUGGGAGCAUCUGCUGUCUGAAUAUUCCCAAACCUUAACUUACAAAGUGAAAAAGAAGAAGAGCUACAGYGAGAUCACUUCUGAAUGGCUGAAAACAGAACUGUAGAGAUUUCUUUCUUUUCCUCUUCAGCUCACUGUGGAAAUCUGAAGAUCAGUAUUAACUUAUUUCUUGAUCUCUCAGACUUACCUUUAACACGAGCAGCAGGCUGACUCUGACAUUGCUUCCAGGCAGUAGGACCUGGACCUGGGCAUACUGUCACCACAAGAGCAUUAARUAGCAUGUUGGAUAAUGGCUAUUUAAUGGGGUAGUCAGUGAUGCCUGGAGGAGGGGUGUUAGUAUUUAGGGCUUAGCCACUGUAAGGUAGUGACCUGUCUCAAAAUGAUCCUGAAUCCCAUUCAGUUGAUGAGAACCCUUGCUGUUAAUUUUAUUGGACUUUUUUUCCCAAAGUCAUGGCAAGCUUCACAGACUGAGCUGCACUCAGCUGGCAGAUACCUGCCCCUUUGUUUGCCAUAUGUUUUCUCAGCUGGGUGGUAGCACGUGGGAUAUUAGGUGUUCUCUGACAGUAGCAGAUACUGGGAUUUGGGGGUACCCUUUUUGGAUAGCUUAGAGUUUAUGUAGGGUUUUAGAGGUUGAUGGUAAGGCUUUKACAUGCCAUUGAAAGGAUAACUGAUCCUUGCAGAAUUACCCACCUACCUCACAGGGGGAGCAGCAGGUGGUGGUGAUGUGGCCACUGCCACUGAGGCACUCAGCUUCAGACAGGGAUGUGCUUGGCAACUGAGACAGMGGUGGUUCAUCCUGCAAUAGAAGARCUGGGUACCUACAAUUGAGYCCCUGUUAAUUGUGUUUCACCAGCUGCCUGGCCAGACAUCCUGGGACCCUUAGGAACCCAGAGAAAGAAUUGGCARAGGUAGAUUCAGAACUUCUUUUUUUCCGGAAGUGCAGAGUCUGCUCUGAUCCCCUUUUGUAACCUUUCUAGGAUUAUUUUGGUUGGGGUUUUUUUUUG